GUCGCUCUGUAUAUAAAACUUAUCAAACUUUUUUUUCCCGACUCUUCAUGAUAACGUAAUCAUCGCGAGCGAGACGCAUGUAUGCUGUCUUUCGGCACCUUCAUUAACGUUUAAUUAAUUCCGCAAUUAUGGCAUUCAAAUCGCAGAUGUGCACGUUUUUUGCGCUUUUACUAUUUUUAUUUGUUUUAUUUUCGUCGUCGUUAAACGCCAAUCCUGCCGUCAAUCGAGUUUCAUUUAGUCAAAAAGGAAAUAAAUUGAUUAACGAUAUCUUAAAUGGAUACAGGAAUAAAAGGACGUCAGAGCACAUAAUAACGGAUUGUAUGACGGUCACGUCGGAAAAAGGCCACUACUAUUACAAAGCGACCAGAGAAAUGUACGAAUUGGAAAAUGCUGCAUGCGGUGUUUACAUGAUGGCAAAUCCGGACGAAGUUAUUCAGAUUCAUUUCGACUAUAUUGACAUGCCUUGCGAAAACAACGAGAUUGUCUCGUUCGUCGACGGCUGGGAGUUAAACGGCUCGUAUUUUCCAAACGAGCAAGAUUAUACGAAACCGAUGAAAGAACGGAUACGCGAAUUCUGCGGCAAAAAACGAAUCAAAGUGGUAUUAGAAUCGUCGCAAAAUGCCGCUUUAGUACGAUAUCAAAUUCCAAAAAGCGGCCGCGGAUUCAGCUUUUACUUCACCACGCGUAAAAAUCCCACUCCCUGCAACAUUUUGGUGGACAGUAAUACGAAUAUUUACACACUGCGUAACUACGGCCAACGAGUGAACUGCAGUUUAUUAGCGAUGCAUCCGGCCAAAAUUCAAAUUCUCUCAUUGACUGUUGGAAUAAAUACGUAUGAAAAAACACGAUACACCGAAACCGGCACUUUUCAUAACUGCGAUCAAAACGGUAUUGCAGACUAUGUCCAAAUAGGAGGCGGUUCCGAACUAGGCGAAUAUUCUGUAAUCAGCGACUCGAUCUGCGGAAUUGAUUCGAUACCCGGCGACAUCCUGGACUCGAUAUUUUGCGGUGUAACGAAAAUCAGGCUGGUUUCCAGCGGAACCACAAACAACCUCAUCACACUGACCAUUGGCAAAGUAAACGCGGAAGAAAAUACCGAAUCUGGGGUCCUAUGUCCGAGUUUAUCCAGCGAAUAACAUCGCGCACAUGACAGACUCUUUAAUCAUAAGAAUAAGAUUUUUUCUAAAACGUAUUACCACACAAUUCAUCAUUUUUCUUCGAAAAUCUUCUCAUCUUUCUCCGAUCAAGUAGGUAUAUACAUAACCUCGAGAGACAUUUGUACAAUUUUCAUCGAAUGGUAAAACAAUUAUAAGAUUUCAUAUUUACGUAAAAGGACAAUAUUAUAUAAGCUUUACUUUUUUCCCCCCACAUUCAUCGUCGUAUACGUACGAGUAGGUACCUACUUCAUUUUCUUUACUUCAUUCGCAAGCUUUCCUUCGAAACAUGGUAUUAAGUAUGUUUUCUAAGUAUUAUUUAUUUUAAUAAAUUAUUUUUUUGCAUGUACAUUUUUUUGUGUGUCUAUCGGAUUAAAAUUUAUUUUCGUUAA